AACCUCCUCCUCCUCCUCCUCCUCCUCCUGCUGCUGCUGCUGCUGCUGCUGCUGCUGCUGCACGGACAAAAAGGAGAAUAAAGGAGAAAAUACAAGUUGAGAGCCAGGAGGACAGACACGCAGAGCGGAGGACAGCCGGGAGGAUGGGCCGGCGGAGCGGCCGUCGGUAGCGCUCUGUUUUCAGGGGACGGAGCUCCAGGAUGAGCGUAGCGCUGCAGGACCUCCGGAACACCAUGUCCAGCUAUAAGCGAGCUACGUUGGAGGAGGAUGAAGGGUCGGACACUCCAGCUGAGGCAGCCUCGUCUCCUGACAGAGUGGAGGUGGGCUUCAGGAAAGGAGGUGUGGACAUCUUUGGCAGGAGGACCCAGCUGGAGGUUCUGCUGUCGGUCCUGCUGCUCGCUGCCCUGUUGGCUCUUCUAGCCUGUCUGCUGGUCCUGGGACUAGGAUUCAGCUCCGACAGUGGGCGUGGCCUGUGCCUGUCGGAGGCUUGCGUCACGGUGGCGAGUCAGAUGGUGGAGGCCAUGGACCGCAACUCUGACCCCUGCAACGACUUCUACCAGUUCGCCUGUGGAGGCUGGAUGAGGAAGAACCCGCUGCCUGACGGACGGUCGCGCUGGUCCACAUUCAACAGCAUCUGGGAGCAGAACCAGGCGCUGCUCAAACACCUGCUGGAGAACGGGACUUUUAACGGCAGCAGCGAGGCGGAGAGGAAGACUCAGUCCUACUACCUGUCCUGUCUCAACACCCAGAGGAUCGAGGAGCUGGGAGCUCAGCCUCUCAUAGACCUCAUCGCCAAGAUCGGGGGCUGGAACAUGACGGGACCCUGGGAGAAGGACAACUUCAUGGAGGUUCUGAAGGUGGUUUCUGGUCCGUACAGAGCUCAGCCUUUCUUCAGCGUCGGAGUCAGUGCCGAUCCUAAAAACUCCAACAGCAACGUCAUCCAGGUGGACCAAUCAGGACUCUUCCUACCGUCCAGGGACUAUUACCUCAACAAGACUGCCAAUGAGAAGGUGCUGGUGGCGUACCUGGAGUACAUGGUGGAGCUGGGGAUGCUGCUGGGGGGCGAGAGAAGCACCACGCAGCUUCAGAUGCAGCAGAUUCUGGAGUUUGAGACGGUGCUCGCCAACAUCACCGUCCCACAGGACCAGCGCCGAGACGAGGAGAAGAUCUACCACAAGGUCACCAUCGCUGAACUACAGCUGCUGGCUCCGUCCGUGGACUGGUUGGACUACCUGACGUCCUCUCUGUCUCCUCUGGAGCUGAACGACACUGAACCUGUGGUCCUGUAUGCCAGAGAGUACCUGCAGCAGGUGUCUGACCUCAUCAACAGGACCGACCACAGUCUGUUGAACAACUACAUGAUGUGGACGCUGGUUCAGAAGAGCGUGGUCAGUUUGGACCAACGUUUCGAGAACGCUCAGGACAAACUGCUGGAGAGCCUCUACGGGACCAAAAAGUCCUGCACCCCCCGCUGGCAGACGUGCAUCGGGAACACUGACGACACUCUGGGCUUCGCGCUGGGAGCGCUCUUUGUCAAGGCGACCUUCGAUAAACACAGCAAAGAGAUCGCCGAGGACAUGAUCAACGAGAUCCGCUCAGCGUUUAAAGACGCUCUGGACAAACUGAACUGGAUGGACGACCAAACGAGACAGGCUGCUAAAGAUAAGGCAGAUGCGAUCUAUGACAUGAUCGGUUUCCCAGAAUUCAUCCUGGACCCCAAAGAGCUGGACGACGUUUAUGACGGGUAUGACGUCUCUGAGGACAGCUUCUUCCAGAACAUGUUGAACUUCUACAACUUCUCAGCCCGAGUGAUGGCCGACCAGCUGAGGAAGACUCCCAACAAAGACCAGUGGAGUAUGACUCCUCCUACAGUUAAUGCCUACUACAUUCCCACAAAGAACGGCAUCGUCUUCCCUGCAGGGAUCCUGCAAGCUCCUUUCUACGCCCACGACCACCCCAAAGCGUUGAACUUUGGUGGGAUCGGGGUGGUGAUGGGCCACGAGCUCACACACGCCUUCGAUGACCAGGGUCGAGAGUACGAUAAAGAAGGUAACUUGAGGCCGUGGUGGCAAAACUCGUCGGUGGAUGCCUUUCGCCAGAGAACAGAGUGCAUGACGGAUCAGUAUAGCCGAUACACAGUCAACGGAGAACAUGUCAAUGGAAAACAGACGCUCGGAGAAAACAUCGCUGACAACGGAGGACUUAAGGCUGCAUACCAUGCCUAUCGGUCGUGGGUCCAGAGGAACGGAGAGGAGAAGAGGCUUCCUGCUGUCAACCUGACCAACGAUCAGCUCUUCUUUGUGGGAUUUGCUCAGGUGUGGUGUUCAGUCCGAACACCAGAGAGCGCUCACGAGGGCCUGGUGACCGACCCCCACAGCCCGCCGCGAUACAGAGUCAUCGGCACGCUCGCUAACUCCCCGGACUUCAGCCGCCACUUCAACUGCCCCGCGGGGACGCCCAUGAACACCGGGAAGCGCUGCGAAGUUUGGUAGAUGGACUGAAGAGGGGGGUCAGGGGGUUCAGAAGGAGUUAAUUAGCUCAGAUUGUUAAUUAACAGGUCAGUAUGUUAGUUUGGAAACUUGUCUGUUAUUUAGCAAAAAGUAUUUACAGGUGAGAUUGUUAAUUGACAGGUGAGUUUCUUAAUUAGCCGACUGGUUAGUGUCUUAAUUAGAGGAGUUUAUCUGGAGGUGAUCAGGUGUUCAGAGUGUCACAGCAGGUGUAAUCUUCAGUUUCAUUCGUUAAAUAUUAAUGUUAAUUAGAGACGAUCAGACUGACUUCCUGUCUGGGAACUAAACGGACUCAGUGGACUUCACACAGAGACAUGAAGGACUGAUGAUGAUGAAGAUGAAGCCACAUGGGACGAUGUUGCUGAUUUCUGCUUUAUUACCGUUAUUAUGAUUCUGAUUAUAUUAUUAUUAUUAUUAUUAUUAUUAUUAAUGGGCUUCGGUUUGCGUGUGUGUAUGUGUGUGUGUUGUUGUCUGUUGUAUGAACGUGCUCUGUGACUCUCUGAUGACAUCACUGUGAUGACCUCAUACGAAGUAUUACAUCAUCUGUCAUUCGUGUAUAGAUCACUCACAAGCAGCUGAUUAUAUUAUUCAAUUAAGGGCCUUUUUUAAGGGACAACUUUCAAAAAUUGAUUUAUUUUAUAUUAUUUAAUGGUUUUAAUGGAUUAUUUAUGUGGUUAACAGAGUUUUUAAGGUGUAAAAACACUUUAAAAUUGACCAAAUUAUAUAAAAAACAGUCUUCAUUGAAUCUUUAAAGGCCAUUUUAAAAUAUAAAUUAAGGGAUGGGUUUUGUGUUAUUGGGUCAAUUUUAAAAGGUUCCUCAACCUUGUAGAUAUUCAAAUCUACAAUCCAUUAAUUACCCCUCAAUAUCAUGUUAAAAUUACCUAAAUAGCAUUGUUAUUAAAGGGUGAAUUCACUGAAUAUAAAGUCAGAAUUAUGGAUGUCAGUGAUGUCGUACUGUCAAACUUUAAACCACUCAACACUCUGUAACCACUCGCCGGCAUGCUCGUUUUGUCAUGGCAACUUAAAAACAAACUGUGAAAGUUCGUGGUUAUUUGGGUUCAACAAUAAAGGCCUUAAAAAAAUAGAAUUAUUAAAAAACUGAAUAUGAAGUAUUGCCUUAAAAUGUUGAAAAAAUGCCUUAAAAAUAUAAUUAAAUAUCAAAAAGCCCAUUAAUUUGUCCUUAAUGUAUCCCCAUCACCUAACUUUAUUAAUUAAUUAAUUAAUUAAUUAAUUAAUUAAUCAUUUCUCCCCUUAAAGUGUCAUUUAAAAUAACUAAAUUGCAUCAGUAUCAAUGGGGACAUUUUAUUUCUUUAAUUUGUUUCUCAAAUUCUGGAGUCACUUUCCAUUUUGGGUUAAAAAAAACAACAAUAGGUGAAUUAAAAUGGGCACUGUGUAAAAUGUAAUGCUUUUGUCUUAACAAUUAAUUAAGUCAUUUUAAAGUAAAUUAAUUAUUUUUUUGUGGGGUUUUUUGGUCUUAAAAAAGCCUUAAUUGAAUCGUUAUUCUCUGCAGUUUUAAGGUGGAAUUAAGAGAUUUAGCUUAAAUGUUGUUCAGUCUGUGUACUUUAAACCACUUUACAUGUCAACCCACAGUAACCACUAACCGCUAUGACUGUGUUGUCAUGACAACCCAUCCAGAGUUCAGUGUUUAUGAAAUUAAACAUCAGUGAGAAAACAAUGAGCGCCUUAAAAAUAAGACUUCAUUAUAGAGCUGAGGUUGGAAUACUGCCUUAAAUUUUUUUGUGAACGCCUUAAAAGUGAAAUAAGGCGUCGGGGAAGGGGGGCGUUCAGGAACUGAUACAACUGUGGAGCAUUCAGGAAUUAAAAAGAGCAUGGGGCAUUUGAAACUGAAAGAAAUGUGGGAUGUUUAGGAACUUAAACGAUUACGGGGUGCUUGUGAAUUUAAAUUUGUGCAGAAUUUAAACAAAUGUUGGGCGUUCAGAAACUAAAAUAAGUGUGGGGUGUUCAGGAACUAAGAGAAAUGUGAGGAACUCGGGAACUAAUAUAAAUAUGGGGCGUUCAAAAAGGUAAAUAAAUGUGAGGAAUUUGGGAACUAAAAUAAGUGUGGGGUGUUCAGGAACGUAAAUAAAUGUGAGGAAUUUGGGAACUAAAAUAAGUGUGGGGUGUUCAGGAACGUAAAAUAAAUGUGAGGAAUUUGGGAACUAAAAUAAGUGUGGGGUGUUCAGGAACUUAAGUAAAUGUGGGGUGUUCAGGAAGUAAAAUAAAUGUGAGGAAUUCGGGAACUAAAAUAAGUGUGGGGUGUUCAGGAUCUUAAGUAAACAUGGGGCGUUUGGGAACUAAAAUGAAUGUGAGGUGUUCAGGUACUGUAUAGAGUGUGGGGCGUUGACAGGUUGUAGUUUUAUUCAGCGCAGUGAGUCACAUCGAGCAAAAAAUGAAUACGUUAAAUAGUUCUUACUUCAUUUUUAAUUUUUUAGUCAUAAAUGUUUCCUUUGAGCAGUUUAAUAAAAAACGGUCCCUGAACAUCACACGCCUCGCUCUGAUGUUGAGAGAUGACAGCUGUUAAAAAAAAAAAAAAACUAUAUGAUGAUUAUAUUAAGAAAUAAAGUAUAUAACAUAUAAUAAUGAUAAUAAAAUGUUGUACGUUAAAGAGUGUAAACAUGUUUCAGUUGCAUCACAGUUUUAAAACAUUAAAGAUUAAAGUUACCUCAACUCAUCACACCAUCAAUCCCUUUGUGUUGCUGUUCAGUGCACGUACCGGCGUCUGACAGCAGGUGGCGCCGCCGGCCCAUUCACCUGAAACAAUAUCCAGAUAUUAAAGUGACAACACUACACACUGUACACUGUCAAUCUGUGUGUGUGUGUGUGUGUGUGUGUGUGUGUGUGUGUGGGUGUGUGUGUGUGCGCGCUUCGCCUCCUGAAGACAUCACUGUCCAAUCCUGUGCAGCUCCUGUGUGUGCCGUUGUUUGUUCAGCAGAAGAAGAAGCUGCUUCCUGCCAAAGACGUGUGUUUGUGUGUGUGUGUGUGUGUGUGUGUGAGUGCAUGUGAGUGCAUGUGUGUGUGUGUGUGUGGACCAGUAUGAAGGUGAAGAUGGGGUUUCAUGGUUCAGAGGUCAGGUGAUCAGGAAUGCCUUGGUCCUCAUAGUGUGUGUGUGUGUGUGUGUGUGUGUGUGUGUGUGUGUGUGUGUGUGUGUGUGUGUCAGCUGUGUGUUGAUCUGUGUGCAGUAGAUGACAGUAGAUCUGAUGUAGAAUAAACGCAGCUUGUUGAAAAGUGUCCUGAAGGGGGCGUUGCUGCUCUGCUCGUCCAAUCAGAGCCCUGCUGUGUUACAAACAUAAUAAACACUGAAUAUAAUAAAA